AUGGGCCAUAUUGUUCACCCAAAACGGAAAACAAAGGCAAUGCAUAACAUUUUACUCCACGAACGUCGUCGACUCUCAGCGCGACAGAUGCUUGGUGCUUGCAUAAUGACCGGAAUGCCAUAUACAAAAGGUGCUCGCUUUCUUUCUCUUUGUGGAACUAAGCCCCCUGUGAAGAGUGGUGUCAUGAGACAACAGAGAUUUUGUGACGAUAAGAUUAGAAGACUUAAAAGUAUUUCCCUAAUGCUGUCGAGAAAGUCCUUCAGUGGUUACUUAUCCAUUGAUGCAAGAUGGACGCACAGGCGAAACUCGCCAAGUUGUACAGUAACUGCGCUCGAUGCUGUCACAAAAAGAGUUCUUGCAUGCGUGAACAUCAACCAUAUUGGUGGAAACAGACAGCAUGCUCAGUAUUCCGGAGCUUCCAACAAUAUGGAA